GGGCCCCCGGGGGGCCCCCCGCAGGGGGGGCCCCCCGGGGGCCCCUCCAAGGCCCCGAAAAAGACCCGAAAAGGGGACAAGUUGGAGAGACACAAUCCGAAGGCCUUCACCUUCAGUGGGGGCCCGGUGUCUGUACACCGCAAGCUGCAGCAGGCCCUGGAGCAGCAAGAAAAGAGACAGCAGAUAUUUCAAAUAAAUAAAACCCCAAAAGGGGCCCCCCCGCUAAACGUGGCCAUUCAGGGGCCCCCAGGGUGUCCCUUAGCAGCAAAAGUGUCUCCUUUGAGCAGCAGCAGCAGCAGCAGCAGCAGCAAAGUGUCUCCUUUCGGCAGCAGCAAAGUGUCUCUCAUUCAAGCAGCAGCAAAGCGCCGUUUCGCUCCGCAGCAGCAAAGUGUCUCUCACACCCUCGGCAGCAGCAGCAGCAAACACUCCCUGAACCCCGCAGCAGCAGCAGCAGCAGCAGCAGCAGCAGCAGCAGCGUGUGGGGUGGGCAAGUCGAGUUUGCUGCGGGGCCUGCUGCGCGCGUACACCGGACGCAGUGUCUGUACACCCCAGGGGACUGUCUCCUUAACUGUCUCCAAACUUCGGAGAUUAACUUUUUUCGAAGUUCCAAACAACUUUGCUGCAAUGCUCGACGCAGCAAAAGUCGCAGACAUUGCGGUUCUCCUCAUCGACGCAAACAACGGGUUUGAAAUGGAGACGUUUGAGUUUCUGAACAUGCUGCAGACGCACGGGUUUCCGAGGGUUUUGGGGGUUUUGACGCACUUGGAUUUGUUGGAUUCGAAGCAGCAGAAGAAGCGGAAGCAAACCCUAAAAGAGCGGUUUAGGACGGAGGUUUACGGGGGGGCCAAGGUCUUCGCCCUCGAGGGUUUUCAAAACCACAAGUACAAAUCCAAACCCUUGAAAACCCUCGCCAGGUUUCUUUCCCUCGCAAAACCCAAAACCCUUUCUUGGAGAAACUCCCACCCCUACGUUUUCGCCCUCAAAGCAGCAGCAGAAACGCCCUGCUGCAGCAGCAGCAGCAGCAGCAGCAGCAGCAGCAGCGACAGCCUGCAGCCUGCCCCGGAGCAGCAAGCGCAGCCGCGCAACCAGCAGCAGCCCGACCAGCAGCAGCACCACAGCCACCACCUCCAGCAGCAGCAGCAGCAGCGGCAGCAGCAGCAGCAGCAGCAGCAGCAGCAGCAGCAGCAGCAGCAGCAGCAGCAGCAGGAGGCGUGCACGUUUUACGGGUUCGUGCGGGGCUCCGUGCUGCGCGCAAAUGGACUUGUGCACAUUCCAGGCGCUGGGGACUUUGAAAUAUUUAAAGUGGAAAAAGUUAAAGACCCUUGCCCGCUGCCGCAGAGCUCAGAAGACGAAGCAGAAGAAGGAGAGUCCGAAUCUGCAAACGAAUCCAAAGAAGUAAAUGAAACAAAGUCCAAAAAGAAAAGAAAAAGAAAUAUUUUAAAACAAAAUCAAAAAUGCAUUUUCGCUCCUUACUCCCAAAUCGCAGGGUUCCAAAUGGACCACGACGAGCUGUACAUACACCUCCCGGACACCAAG